AUGGAAUUAUUACCAAAUAUUUUAAACGUUGAAAAAGAAAACUUUAUGUUGACUCCAUCAGAGUUUAAUAAAGAAAUGAAUUUAACAACCGAAGAAAGGCAUAAGUUCCUGCAAUCCAUUCCAAAUAAUAAAGCCGUUUUUAAAAAUAAUUAUCCAAAACAAUUGAGAAUUAUACCACAGAUAGUUGUUUUUCAAAAAUUUGAAAAUAGAUCAACAAUAAGUGUAAUUUUACAAAUAAGAAACGUUGGAAAUACAUCUUUGCCAAUACAAAUAAACUGUCCGCCAUCCCUAUACUUUUCUGCAGUUCCUGCGGGAACACCGAUUCAUAAAUUGGCACCCGGUUUGGCAGCAGAAUAUAAGAUAACGUUCACCCCAAAUGAAAAAAUUGAUUACAGUCAUUCUCUUGAAUUCAGAUGCAAAAAUGAAAAUUUCACAGUACCCAUUGUAGCCAUUGGACCAAGAGCAAUUUUAGACAUACCAAAUCAAAUAACCGUCAAUCCUUCUCCAAUUAAACUAGCCGGUGAAAAAUGUUUGGUAAUUCGUAACAUUGGCGAGGUACCUGCAUCUUUUCAUUUCAUCACCAAAAGUCCAUUCAAAGUAAAUCCCGUUAAAGGAUUUUUAAACGUUCAAGAAUCACUUUUGUUAAAUGUUACAUUUGAAUCAGCUAAACUUGGCGAAGUGACCAGUAAACUCUAUCUUAUUUUAGAAACGGGAGAAAAAUUAACCGUUAUGCUUCACGGAUCGGCAGAAAAUGCUAGCAUACGUUUAGAAAAAAAUUCAUUAAUGUACGAGGAUACGUUUCACGGUUUAAAAAGAUGUAAAACUGUACGUUUAUUCAAUAAUAGUUCUAGCGUUGUAAAAUAUUCAUGGAAAAAAAAUAAAUUUUUAGAAGAUGAUAAAACCAUGAUAGAAAAUUUGAGAGAAAAAUAUUCGGAUAUAGCAGAAUUAGAAAUAAUUAAAGAUACAAAAACGCAAUUUUUUAAUUUAGGAGAUGCUGAAAGGCAUAAACUUUUAUGUGAAAGAAUAUUACAAGAUGAAUGUCUCAUAUUAGAGAAAGAAGAAUUUAGUUUUACAAAUAAAGCUUUUAAAAUAACACCAUUGAAAGGUGAAAUUUGGCCAAGAAGUCACGUGGAAGUAACGGUUACAUUUGAACCAAAAGAAUGCAAAUUUUUUACAGCAGAAGCUUAUUUGGAAGUUUCUGGACGUGAAAAUAGAUUAUCUUUACAAUUAAAAGGACAAGGUUUGGGACCGAAAAUAAUUGUAUCACCAUCAACAUUAGAUAUUGAUUAUAUAAUAGCCGUUAAUAAAGGAGACAUUCCUGGACGAAUCGAUUACAAAGAAGAAAACACAAUUUUCGGUGGAAAAUUAGAAGUGACACCGCAUUCGAGGUAUUUAAAUCCAGAAGAAUGUGGUGGAUUUUUAGUGACAUUUACGAGUAAUAAAAAUGGAGAAUUUCUUGAAAAAUUAACGUUUAUAAUUGCCGAAUCAGAAGAACCAGUUACAUUCGUAUUGACUGGUAAAGUUGUAAAUCCUGUAUUGCAUUUCGACAAACGUGGAAUUAAUUUUGAAACCGUACCUUUCGGCACACCAACGGUGCGAGAAGUUACAAUUUCAAACCUUUCAGUAGUACCUGUAACAUUUUCAUUAGUUGUACUAUCCGAUGGAAGGUAUCCCAGCAUUUCCUAUAAUACUUUUGCUUCGGCUAAAAUUAAACCGUCAGUAUCCGAUUUUCCGAAAGAAUUUCAAAUUGAACCACGAGAAAGCGUCGUAGAACCAUUUUCGUGUAAAAAAUUAACAUUAACGGCUAAUAAAUCAGGAGCAUUUAGUACUCAUUUGAAAAUGAAUAUGUGGGAUUCAGAAACGGGUUCAGUUACUUGUCCUAUAACUUAUCGUUGUGUAAUUGCAACCAUUAAAGUCCUUCCCGAAUCUAUAAAUAUACCUUUUUGUUUUGUAAAUUUUCCAUAUACCAGAACCUUAGCACUGACAAACGUUUCAAAAGUUUCUGGAUUUUUCUACAUUGUUCCUUUGGAUCCUUUUUUAGAAGAAAAUGUAACAUAUUCUGCUAAUAUACCUCAAGGUAUUAUACAACCACGUGAAACUAUAAAAGUCGAUAUCACGAUCAUAACAAGCGCUGUUGGAUGGCAAGAAAUACCGAUAAACAUAUUAGUUUUUGGAAACGACAGAUAUCACGAAGUUAGUAAAAUAUAUUGCACAGGACAAGGACCCGUUGUAACGUUUUCGGCAAACAGUUUAAAUUGGGGAGAAAUUCCCCUAUUGGAACAAAGUCGAAAAUUUUUAGAUUUUUCAAACGACUCCCCAAUCCCGGCUUCGGUUCAAAUUUAUUUAGUUAAAGGAGAUUCACCCUGGAGUGUAACACCCUCCACCUUCACUCUUGCAUCAGCUGAAGUUAUAUCAAUACCGAUCGAUUUAUUUUUAAAUGACAGAGGAAAAUUUAAAGAUACUCUUAAGGUAUCUGUUCACAAUGGAAAAAUUUCAAGUAUAUCUUUGAGCGCUUUUGGAAUUGGAAGUAGUUUGGCGAUGACACCGAAAUUAACUCCCGCACACGAAAUCGGAACUCUUUUCAGUCGAAGAAAAUACGAAUUUGAAAUUUUAGUAGAAAAUAGAGGUGUGAAACCUUAUAGUUUGAUAUGGUCUCCUUACGAAGAAUUAUCAGAUUUUCAAUUUAUUUUGGAACCACCCAAAGCCGACAUAUUACCUGGACAAUGUGUAAAAAUGUAUUUAAUAGCACAAAGUUCAUCAUUGGGUUAUUUCGAACAAAAAUUUUAUUGUUUUGCAUCGAUUGCGUUAUCGAUAAGAGAAUUACUUUUUACGAGUGUCAUCUCGGCUAAAUUUGUCGAACCAUUAAUUGAUUUUGACAAAAAUAAAUUACAAUUUUGGUAUAAUGUCGGAUUCGACGGAAUCGAAAAACACUUGGAAGAUAAAAUUCAAAUAAAAAAUUUGUCUGAACUUCCGUUAUGUAUGAACAUAUUCAUUGCGCAUCAUUUUCGAAUAAACAUGAACGACGAUUCAUUAACGGAUUCUUUAGAACUUUAUUUAAAUAGUCAGGAAAAGCAAACAUUAAAAAUAGUUUUUGAACCGCAAAUGAAUUCAAAAUUUUUAUCUCGUACUUAUUCGGAACCAUUAAAAGUCACUUUUCUAGAACAUUUCAAAAAGUUUGAAAUUCCUCUAACGGGUGAAGUUAAUUAUCCAAAUGUGUUUUUGUUACCAAAAGUAGUCGAUUUUAAAUACGUUCCACUUUCUGCCAACUAUUGUCAGGAAAUAUACAUAGUGAACGUAAGUCCAUUAACGGUGUAUUAUCACAUUGCUUGGAAUGUCGAAAAAUGUAAUAUCGAAUGCCCGAAUAUCAUUUCGAAAAAUUUAAUCGAAUAUGAAGGUACGGAAGAAGAAAACUAUUCGGAAAUUUUCGGCGAAACAAGUUGUGAAUUUUUUUCAAACGAACUUACAAAUGCGUACAGAACAACGAGAUCUUCCGAUACGGAUGACGAAGGAAGAAAUCUUCCAGAAUGCAUAAGAGUGUGCGAUAUAAUACCAUUUAAAGGAAAAUUAGAAAAAUUUUCAUCUCAAGUUUUAUUGGUUACCUUUUGCCCGAACGUUAUCGCAAAUUAUCACAUCGAAGCAAAAGUACAAAUAAAAUCGGGACCGACAGAAACCAUUAAAAUAAACGCUUCGCCGGAAAGUAAAACUUUAAAAAUUAGCAAUCAUGGAAACAUGCCCAUCGAUUUCGAAGUUAAUGAGGAUUUUUUACCCAUUUCGAAAGAAUGCGAUCAAAAUUAUGGAAGAGUAAUCGUUAAUCCAUUGGUAGGAACAAUCUCUCCAUUUUCUGAAGUUGAUAUAAAAAUAACCUAUCAGCAAAGAUAUCCAGGAUUUUUUAAAAAAAAAUUUACUAUUCAAUUAGACUGUUUAGAUUUAGAAAUUAUAACAAUUUACGGUGAAGCGACUUUUCCACAAGUAUAUAUUCAUCUACCAAGGCCGGCUUUGGCAAAAGUACCCCCGGAAAUAGCAUAUUUUUCAGUGUCUAACAUCACUCCCGAUUGGUACCUUAGUUCGAAAUCAAAUUUUUCAUGCGGCGAAAUACCCGACGUUAAACCCUACAGAAGUCAAGAAAGUCAAAUAAGUAAUUUUUUAAGUUGCGAAGAUUCAAAUGAUUCCGAAUCAGAUUGGGAAAUUGUUGGAGAAAAAGAGAACGGUUUACCACCCGCCAUUGAUCUUGAACUUGCCAUUGAAAGAGCCUUGAUUUCGACAUUGAUCAAGCAAGAUAACAAACCGAACGCUGGAAUGUUUGUCAGAAGUAUUCCCGAUUUUAUUGUACCAGAAUAUGAAAAAAAUUUGAACGUCGUCAUAGUCGGACGAAUCGUAGAUGAAAUCAUUGAAAUAUCAAAUUUCGGUCCUUUUCCUGCCGUCAUUUAUUCAAAAAUAGAUUCAGAUUUGAAAGAAUGUGGUCUGACAUUAAAACUCCGAAAUCGUCGCGAGAUUUCAACCGGAAAUAAAUUUUCAAUUGCGUUAAAAUUCGCGCCAAAAAAAUCAAUGUAUCCGGAUAUAAUAAUAAAUAUAGAAAAAUUUUUUUAUUUAGAGGUUUACUACGGACCUAUCAUACCUAUAAAAAUCACCGCAACCGUCACGUAUCCCCACAUAACACCAUCGUUGUAUGCAAUAAAUUUUGGUAUAGUCGAAUGCGGAUGUUGCAGAGUACUUAAUUUAAGACUUAAAAAUCCAGGAUUAGUUCCAGCAUUUUGGUCCAUAUCAGUUUUUAAAAAAAACUCGGAAGUUUAUUUACGUUCGACUAACAAUUACGUAAGCGAAACGAGAAUAUUUAACGUGAAUCGUAAUUCUGGAGUUAUUUAUCCAAACGAAUAUAAUACGGUACAAGUGUCAUUUAGACCAGACGAAUUUCAAUCGCUCAUACUCGUACAAACAUCGGAAGGUUUAAACGAUUUAAAAAUCGAUGCGUUUGGAAAAGGAGUCGAACCUAAAUUGAAAAUAUCGGACAAAAAAUUUUUAUUCGGACCUAUAAUACCAUAUCCGAAUAAAUCGGAAAAAUAUUUCACUAUUGAAAAUCCAUGCGAUUUUCCGAUCGAAAUUUAUUUUCCAGCAUACGACGAGCAAAUUUUCGAAGAAGAUAAAAUUUUAAGAGCCGUUUGUGCUUAUUAUCAAACUCCAGAAAUUUUAUUACCCAUACGAAAACCGGGAGAAGGUUUACCCAUUGAAUUAAUUAAUUUUUAUCAAACGCUGUUGGAAAAUUUAAAUAAUCAUUUUCAAGGAGACGACGAAUUACCGGCGAUUCCUCCGAGCGAGGAAAAUUCUUAUUUGAUACCCACAAAUUCCGAUGUUCCAAUUUACGACACGCCCAAAACUUCCAGUCAAUUUUCAAAUAACGAAAAAAAAAAAUUAUUCAGCACUUCGAAAUCUAAUUCGAAACAACGUAUGAGUUUCAUUUCGAGUAGACUCACCAUUCCUGAUAAUAUGGAUGGCAGUAUACAAACAUUAUUUCAAGCUAAAACUUCUGCUGAAAUAGAAGAAUUGUUACAAAAAUACAUAAAAACCCUUACAAAAUCAGAGCUUAAACAUGAUCCCAUUCAAUCUGCAAUCAAAGCAAUUGUUCCACCUCCUCCGACAGAAGAAUAUACUCAAGGUUUACUCAUCAUAUUUCACGGGGCUCCAUUUACAAAUUGUACUCAGCUGUCUAAUCAAGCCGCCUUGACAGCAAAUUUGAAGGCUAAAGGAAUCGAUCAGUUAAUUGUCGAAGAAGCUGCUUUAGGUCGUUGUAAGGCUGGAAUCACAGCAAAACAAUUAAUCGAAGAAGCCUAUCACACGUACCUUGAUCCAAAAUCGGAUACAACGUCUAAAUGCGAAGAAGAAUCGGAAAUUGAUUCGGGUAAUAAAACUUACGAAGAACUUUUAGAAAAAUUCGAAGCGAUUGCUGCUUUAAAGUACGCGGAUAAUAAAAUGACAUCGGCUAGAAGUCACAGCAUAAAAAGUGAAAGUUCGAGAAAGGACAAAAGUAUUUUUUUAAAACCUGCCAUAGUGUACGAACCUUUGAUUGACAUACCUGGAGAAUUGAUUGCAGAAAUAUUAAAAUUCAGGUUGUCUAUCGAAUUGCCGAAAGGAAUUGUUAUACAAGAUUUAAACAGUAUUUUUUUUCCUACUCCAACGACAGCAUUGAUUACAUUGUUAGAAGCAGCAGGAAACGUUGCGGAUAUAAUUGUUGUUAUUUUACUAAAUAAUUAUUUUCAACACAAUAGCAACAUUCUUAAAGUUCAAUUGGAAAAAGAAAAUGAAAAACUCGAAUUUCAAAAAAAGUUACAGUGUAUAUUAGAAGAAGAAGGUGAAGAAGAAAUAAAACCGCCUAGAUUUUUACCAUACGAAGACAAAUAUUUAACGGAAGAUGAAAUCGAAUUGGGAAUAACGACUUUUUUAAAUCGACGUAAAGGAACUGCGGAAAAAAAGAAAAAUCUGGAAAAAUCUGGAAAAGCUCGAGACGAAUCAUCAAGAGUCGAAAGUGAAGAAAAAUCAAAUGCUCUAGAAAACGAUUUCAUCGAUUUCAAUCAAGAACUUUCCGAAAUAAAAUUUCUCAUUGAAAAUUGGGAUCAAAGAAUUACGUCACCGAUUGCCGAUAAUAUUCCAGAUAAUAAAAGUAUUAAAAAAAUGUCUAAAAUUUCUGACAGCAUAUCGGCAAAAUUUGAAAAUCCCCCAAAAGGAAUCCACUUGUGGAUGGUUGAUUUAUCAAGGCCGGAAAAAAAUUUAUUUUCGAGAGUUUGCUGUCAUUUAAAAACCGUUCUCGAACAACGUUACGUACCUGAAGAAUCGGAUUCGUGGCCUUUGGCAAAAACAGAUGGCCUUGAUUUUGCUGUCGUUCAUUGUCCGCAAUUAAGAAACAGACCGAUUUUGACUCCGAUUUUUACAAUGGCCAUAGCCGAACCGAACGUCACAGAAAGUAUAAAUAUUGAAGACUCUUUAACAACUUUAAUGGAAAUACCUUUGGCUUCGACGCAAAUAACGGCGAGAUCAGCAUCACAAAUGAGUGUUAGAAAUAAAAAAAAAGGAAGCGGAUCAUUGAAACAAAGAAAAUUAGAAACGAGAAAUUCAAUGGGGAGCAAAAGUUUAAGUCAAAGAAAUAUAAGUUCGAAAAUUGAAAGUAGUGUAUUUAAAAGUCGUUGGGUACUUCAACCGGGUGAUAUUAUUACCUGUCGCGUGAAAUAUUUUCCGGAAGAAGUUGGUGUAACGGAAGAAGAAUAUUGGAUAAGUUUAGUUAACUGGGAUACUAAAUACGUCGUUUCCUGUAAGGGAAUAUGUGAGAUUCCCCGAAUCGACAUGACACCGGAAGUUAUUUUUCCAUUGGUCUACGAAAUCCCUCCCGUUCUCGAACCCGUUUUUUGCGCUUAUUUUUACAACGAGGACGCAUUUAAUUUCGGACAAAUUAUUUUUCUUCAAACUUUUAAUGAUUGCAUAGUUUUUGAAAAAAAAACAGAAUUUACAAUAAAAAACAUAUCGUUGCAUCCGGUUUAUUUAGAAAUUAUUUUAAACGAUGAUAAUUCGUCAGAAACUAAUGUUAAAUGGCCUCAUUUGCAAAUCGAUACAAACACUCUAGUUUUACUUCCUCAAGAAUCUAAAAAAUUAGGCGUGACGGCACGACCCAAUAAAGUUGGUCCCGUCGUUGAAAAUUUAUUAUUUGCCGUUAAAAAUAAUCCCAAAAUAGAAAAAAUUACCGUAAAAUUUGAAGGAGUUAAACCUAGUAUAAGAGUCGAGCCUAAAUCUAUUAAUUUUGAUAAAAUAUUACUACAUAGACGGAGUUAUCGUCAGAUUGUUUUAAUUAAUGAAACAUUAAUUCCACUUUAUGUUAAACUAUCGGAUUUUAGAAAAUUGGAACAUAAUUUUGAAUUUUCAAUGACUCACUGUUUCCUAUCACCAGGAGGUAAUCGUACAAUUGAAAUUUAUUAUAGCGCUACCGAAGUUCAAACUUUAGUAAACGAACCUCUUUUGAUUGAAGUUUUUAACGAACCGACCUCUAAUAUUUUAUUACAACAAAUAAUUUUACCAUUUAGUGUUGAAGCAUACGAUGUUGCUCUCGACAUAAUUUUUUCUAAAAAAAAUUCCGAUCACAUUGAUUUAGGAAAUAUACGUGCUCAUUCCGAUUGCACGGAAAUAUUACAAUUGAAAAAUGCUGGAAAAUACGUUUUGGAUUACAUGAUACACAUAGAUGAAGAUUUGUUUUUCGUGUUAAAAGACGAUUAUUUGUCUGUUACGCCGACUGAAGGAAAAAUAAUGCCUGAGAAAUCUAUUUCCGUAACCUUUUGUAUCAACCUUAAAAAAGAAAUCGAAUGGAAAAGAGAAAAUUUAUUUAGCAUAAUUGUUUUAGAACCUAAUAAAGGAAAUGAAUUGAUCGCAAAAAUACCGAUUUGCGUUUCUUUAAAUUCUCAUUUGCCGAGUUACAAAAUAAGUCCUUACCCGGAAUUUAAUUUUGGUUAUUAUAAAGUGGAUUUUACAAUUACGGAAAUUUUACAUUUUACAAAUAACGGAUACUUUCCUUUAUCAUUCACGUUUGAAGUUAAAGAUGGGACUUUGGAAACGGUUGAUAACAAAGUUAAAAAACCAACAAAACCAACGGCAUCAUCCAAAGGACUCGAAGACAAAGUGAAAAAAUCCUUAGUACCUGUAAAUUUUGGCCCUUUUGAAAUUUUCCCACCGAGUGGAAUCAUCGAAGUCGGAGAAUCUUUUGAGGUUCAAGUGACUUUUAGUCCGAAAGAAGCGAAAAUUUUCGAAGAAAAUGUAACUAUUAAAUUCACGCAAAGUCCGUCUGCUUUGGAAAACGUAAAUAAUGUUAUUUUAAAAGGUGAAGGUUGCGUACCUGACAUUGAUUUCGACAAUCAUAAGGUUACGUUUAGAGAACAUUUCAUCUUUGAAUCGUAUACAAUAUUUACAGAAGAGGAAAAUUUGUUUUCGUUUAAAAACGCUUGCCUGUGUAAAACAAUGGAAGCACGAAUACAUUUACAAAACCUUGGAUUUAUCGAGAAUCACGUGUUUGCCAACCUAACAGAAACAAAUAGGAAAGAAAACGAAAGUGCCGAACCUGAAAUAUUCACCUUGUCACCAAAAGAAUUAAUCAUCGAACCUUAUAAUUUUGGUACUUUGACAAUAACAUUUCGACCCGAAGCCAUACAAGAAUACACGGGACAAUUGAUGAUAACGUUAGAAAUGCCGCGAAAUAUCGGUGAUAAAAUUAAAAUAUUCAAUUUAUACGGGAAUGGAGUUUUACCACAAAUUGAAAUCGUCGAACCUGGAACGAAAUUACCAGACGGUUCGACUCUUGUUAAUUUUUUACCAAUAAAUCCAAAUCAAAAUUCCAAAACGCUCAUUUCAUUUACAAAUUCUGGAAUUUUAUCUUGUAAGGUCGUGGUUGAAAUGUAUAAUAACGAAGAUAAAGUUUACACUUUGAUACCAACGGAAAAAACAAAAGAAAUGUUAAAAGCGUGGGAAACGAAAAAACCCAUUGAUCACACCGUGAUAGUAUCAACGAAACCUGGUGACGUCGUCGAAUUUAUGGUAUCGUUCACACCGAAAGAAGUGAAAACUUAUUCGUCUAAAAUUAAAUUAUUUUCCAUCGAUAAUCCAUUUGAAAAUUUAACUUAUAAAUUAACCGGAGAUGGUUUUUUCGAUGAUGUCAUCAUUGAAAAAAUUCGCAAAUCCAUUCCUUUCGCAAACGAAAACGAUUUCGAUUCGACGUCAUCCGUUUGUACUUCUCCCGGACAUUAUUCCCUCACGUUCAAUGAUUGUUUCGUUAAAAAAAAAUCAAGAGUACUACUAAGGUUAUCAAAUAAAACCGAUAAGGAUUAUUUUAAAUUUGAUUGGGAUGAAAUUCAAAACAUAAUCGUAUCCCCCUCGAAAGGAUUUUUGUAUCCCAAUUCGUUUAAAGAAAUUUUAAUAAUUUUUUCACCGGAUGAACCCGUGGAAUUAGAUGACGUAUUGUUAAAUUGUACCUUAAAUAAAAUAUUAUUCGAAUCGUUACCGAAUCUAUCCACUUCCGCUCAUCGCAAUGAAAAACAAAAUACGAACGAAGAAGAGCCACCACACGAAAUAAUUCCGGAAACGACGAGAGUUUUAGCAUUGAGCUUAUCCGGAAAUGCGGAUUAUGCUCGUUUGUAUUGCGAAACGACACACGUCAUAUUUAAAAAUACGUUCAUGUUUCAGACUCGCAUACAAACCGUGACGUUAGAAAAUUACGGUAACGUGACAUUAGAAUAUAAAUUAACCGUCACGUCGGUGAAAACGCGGCCGUUGAAAAAUAAUAAAAUGGAAGAAGAAGAGAAAAAAAUUAUUUCGUCGCUGGAAAAACCUUCAACGAGUCCGAUUCAAACAAUUAGAAAUUGUUUAUCCAGUAGAACAUCCCUCAUGGAUUUGAAAAGUGAAAAUAAAAAUGAGAUGAAAAUAGUGGAAGAUUUAAAACCCUGUCCGUACAAUCCGUUCGCGCUGGAAAAUUCCUACGGAUUAAUACCACCGAGAAAUAAAACGAAUUUCAACAUCGUUUUCUCACCGAUGGACGUUAACGAAUACACCGCCAUAUUGAAAAUGCAAAUUCCCAGCCUUCAUCCCGAUUGUAAAGUACCUGAAAUAAUAUUAGAAGCAUCCUCGACGAUGCCCUAUUGUCAUUUUAACGUACCAGAAAGCGAUUAUCUCGAAAGUGGAAGACGAGAUUUUUCCAGGCCUGGACCAAUAGGUUGCGCUCCAGGUUUACCUUUGGAUCCUGAUACGAAAACGAUAGAAGUCAAAGUUUUAGGAAUUGGACACACGGUUCCCAUAAAAUUUUACGUCAUAAAUCCGACGGAAAACGAUUAUACAUUUUCCUGGAUAAAUUCAACACAAAUCCAACCGGAUUCGAUACAAACAUUUUACUGUCUGACAAGCGAUGGUAGAAUUCAAGCGGGACGACAACAGCAAAUGCAUUUUAAUUUCGUGUCGCAAAAAAUCGGAUUAUUCGAAUCGUUUUGGAAAUUUAAAAUUCCAGAACACGAAGUCGAAACUUUAUUUUUAAUCGUUACAGACGUUCGAGAACCUUCCGUGUAUUUUCUAUCAUCUCACGUCGUUUUAAAAUCAACAUUUAUCGGUUCGACAUCCGAUGAUUUUCUCACAUUGGUCAAUAAUGAAAAUUCUUCGUUCGAUUUUCAUUUUUUAAACGAUUCCAUAUAUUCGGAAGGAAGAACCAAUUAUUUAACCGUCGAACCCAUGUCUGGAAAAAUAUCACAACAUUCCGAAUUGAAUAUAAAAAUUUCAUUUACUGGAAAAACCGGUGGGAAAAAUAUUUUUUAUUUAAAAUGUAAAGUCAAAGGAAUAAAGGAAAUUUUUACCGUUGCCGUCGAAGCCAUGGUUUACGUUGUUAAACCCAUCGUUUUUUUCGAAGAUUUUAAUAAUGUUAAACAUCGUGUCAAUACGAAAAAAAAUAACGUCAUCGAUUUUGGAGCCGAGCUAACUCCGAAUCGUCCAGAAUCCAUAACUUUCGUUUUGACAAGCGUAUCCAAAAUAUUAUUUUACUACGACUGGAUAUACGAUAAAAAAAUUCUGGAAUCACACAGUUGUAGGAUAAAAUUAUCACCUAAAAAUGGACACGUUUUAUCAUUUUCAAAAGGGAAAUGCAUUUUGAGUUUGGUUUUUUUUAAAAAAUCAUCCCUCAUUAAUUUUCCAUUGAAAUUAAAAAUAAGCAAAGGACCAUCGUUUAAUUUUUUAAUAAAUGCGUGCGCGACGACUCCGACCUACGAAUUUUCAUUCACGACCUACGAUUUCGGUUAUUGUUUCUUACAAGAAAGAGAUACCUGUUAUUAUCAGGUUCCAUUGUUUAUUCAAAACAAAGACGUUAUAGAUUUAACAUUGGAAUGUUUUUUUUUAACGGAAUCAAAUGCGUUUACAUUUUCCCUACCAUAUCCGACGAUAAAACCAAAUGAAAAAAUAAAAAUUUUAUUUUAUUUUCAUCCAACGAAAUUAAUAGUUUACGAUGAAAAAUUUAAAAUCGUCAUAAAUAGUUUUCACGAACGUUUGAUAAGACUCAAAGGACAGGGAACGAAAUUUAAAGUCGAACUCAAAGAUACGGAAGAUGCAAUAAUUUCAUUGGGAGCCGUUAAAGCGGGGAAAAACGUUAAAAGAAAAUUUUCAUUGAUAAAUAAAAGUUUGGCUUCGGCAAACGUUCUCGUCGGUUUUUCCGAUCAAUUACCCGUUUCCGGUUCGUACAUGGCAAAAUCCGAUGAAAAUUUUAUUGAUUUAUCAGUGGAUCAUCGUUUGUCCGACGUAUUAACAAUUUCCCCAUCGACUCUAUUCAAAAUGAAACCGCAGGAAACGUUCGACGUCACCGUUACCUUUUCUCCAAAAGUUAAAACUUCUUCACGUUUUUCCGAAAUGGUAUCGAUACAACAUCAAGAUAAAGCAGAACCCCUUUGCAUGAUCGAAGGUUGUUGCAUCGGACCGGAAAUAUGUCUAGAUCGUACUCUAAUUAAUUUUGGAGCCGUUGUUAAAAAUUGUAAAAGCGUUUUAAAAUUAAAAAUUAUCAAUUCUGGAAGCGAGGGAGCAAAAUUUAAAUGGGAUACAAAAAAUUUAAAUAAAGAUUUUGAAAUUUAUCCAGAAUCGGGUUAUUGUUCUCCAGAUGCAGCCGUCACAAUAACCAUCACUUUUUUUCCAAGUCAUAUAAAACAAAACAUCAUCGAAAAGGUAAAUUGCCAGUUUUACCUUUCUCAAGACGAAACGUAUCCUUCUAAAGAAUUAAUGUUGACCGGAAGUUGCGUUUCACUACCGGAUCCCCAACAAAUAUUAAAAUUUGAAUGUUACGUGAGAGAAACGACAACGAAAGAAAUCGAAAUAGAAAAUCGAACCGGAAGCGAAUGGCAAUUGAUACCUAUAUUUACCGGUGAAUAUUUUAAAGGAAACGAUGCGUUGAUCGUGCCGCCAUUAUCGAAAUCACAAUACGAAAUAACUUAUACUCCAUUAUUUAUGACAAAGAAUAAAAAUUAUCACGAAGGAUCCCUUUUUUUUUGUUUACCCCAAGGCCUCGGUUUGUUAUACGUGUUAAACGGUGUUGCGCUUCCCCCCAACGCGGAAGACGUCAUAGUCAGAGAAGUACCGAGUAAAACGAAAUUUAUCGAACUCCUUAAAAUCAGCAACUGGUUACAACAACCCCAAAAGCUAUUGGUCGACAUUGAAUGUACGUCACGGGAAAAAGAACGUGACGAACGGUCUUGGGAUUGUUCGGGUUUAAAACAUUUUGAUUUGCAACCUUUGGCCGAAAAAGAAUACAAAUUAAAUUUUUUCUCUUACAAACCAGGAACGUUAAAAUUCAAAGUGACGUUCGUCAAUAACGAAACGUAUGAAUAUAAAUGGUAUGACGUCACAUUUAACAUAGUCGAAUGUGGCCCCCUGGAAAUUCUCACGAUGAAAUGUGGCGUAAGGCAAACGUGUCACGAAGAAAUCAAAUUGGAAAAUCCCCUUCUAAAAACAAUCACCUACAAAUUAUCAUCCACGAGCCCGUACAUAUCGUUCGAACAAAAUAAUUAUCAAGUGAAUCCCGGUGAAAAAGCAAGUGUUUACGCAAAAUUUUCAUUCACUCCCGUUCAUCCGAGCGACGAAAUCGAACAAUUGCAUGCAACAUGUCCCGAACUCGGAUUAUUUCCGCGUCAACUUCAUCUGAUAUCAUUCGAACCUCAACCUGAACCUACGAGAUUAUUUCAAACUUAUUUAGGAUCGUUUCAAAUUCAAAAAAUUAAAAUAAAAAAUUUUGCCAAAUCAAACGCCAUAUUGAAUUGCAAAACGGAUUCUGAAGAAUUCAUCGUUAAUAAAACUGAACAAAUCGGUGCUGAACAAGAAAUGGAAAUAUCAAUUAAAUACGAGCCAUCAGAUAUGACGACGACGAUCGCGACGGUUUAUGUUGAAUCCGAAGUUGCUGGAAAUUUCAUUUUUCCAGUUUCUGGAAUUUGCACGAAACCCAUUCCAAAGGGACCUUAUUUGAUUAAACCCGGACAUGAAAUUAAUAUAAAUUUUAAAAACGUUUUAAACAAAUCAAAAGAUUUUUACAUGUUUGUUGAUAAUCCGGCAUUUUAUUUGAAAAAAUCACAGGAAAACAUUUUACCCAAAGCUGUGAGUUUUCCCGACGGGGAGGGGGAGGAAUACGAUAUAAUUAUCGGAUUGGAAAAGUUAAAACCAUUAGAAAAAUUAACGAAAAACAAAGAGGGUACGAUCGAUCCACGUUUUUCAUUUAUGGGAACCCUCGUAGUCGAAUGUUAUAAUCCUUAUAUUAAAUGGCAAUUUUACCUCAAAGGAAUUUUAGAUUGA